CCAGGCCCAUUCCAAGAUGGCGGGGAUCCCCCUGUACUUUGUGGACUUGCAGGAUGACUUAGACGAUUAUGGAUUUGAGGACUACGGUCCCUCAUGCGACGGCAUGAGGGUGACAGCCUUCUUGGAUGUUCUGGGCCAGGACAACCUGCCUGCACUUGCUCGCCUGGAAAAGUACACUUUCAGCGGCAACAUCUUCAACUGUCAGAUUAUUGCCAGAGGGCUGCUUGAUAUCUUCCGGGACUUCAGUAACAAUGAAGAAGACUUCAUAACGGUAAUGGAGAUCGUGGUCAGAUUGUCAGAAGAUGCAGAGCCCACAGUGCGGGCUGAGCUGCUGGAACAGAUUCCUCCUAUUGCCAUUUUUCUACAAGAAAACAGGUCUGAUUUUCCAGUGGUGCUCUCUGAACAUCUCAUACCCAUCGUGGUGUGGUGCCUCGCAGAUCCAAACAACCAGGUUAGAAAAUCAAGUCAGGAGGUGCUGUUGAUUCUUCUGGAACAAGAUCUAAUUUUCCAGCACGAUAUUGAAAACAAAGUGUGUCCAAUCCUGCUGGCGCUCUCUGCCCCUGACGGCGAGGAUGAGUACAAAGCAGAAGCCGUGAGUGUAAUCUGCAAGCUGGCGUCAGUGCUGAGCAAGAGCGUGGUUGAACGCCGGCUGCUCCCUCGAUUCUGUGAGCUGUGUGGUGAUGGGAAGUCGUUCAAGUUUGGAAGGUGGGAACGUACAGUUUGUGCCACAAAUUUGGGUGAUAUUUGUCGUGCUGUCGGACAAGAAGCCACUGAGAAAUUUUUGCUCCCGAAGUUUUUUGAGCUCUGCUCAGACACUGCGUGGGGGAUGAGGAAAGCCUGUGCGGAGUGUCGUGGCGUGUCCCACAGCACGUCCCCCGAGGGCCGCGGGGCCAGGCUCUCGGCGCCCUUUAUCACGCUGGUCAGCGACCCCUGUCGGUGGGUGAGUGCGGCUGCCUUCCAGUCCCUGGGCCCCGUCAUCUUCACCUUUGCCAACCCCUCCAGGGCUGGCCUUUAUAUUCGAGAGGACGGCACCCUGAGCGUCCGGCCACCGGCUCCGGAUUUGGACUCGGGUUUCACCUCCGGGUCACCGGGUGCAGGCAGCCAUGGGAACAUGCCCUCAGCCUGUUCAACAAAGCCAGGCCAGACAGAGCCAGCUCUACCCAUGGAAGACACAUCCACGGACACCAGCAAUUUUCCGUGCGUCAGUAGCUCCUCCAAUGGCCUGACGGAGAAGCCAACGGAAGACUCUGUCUUGGCUGGAGCCGAGGUGACCAGGCUUUCCCCCGAGGCCACGAAGCUCCCCAGUAUUAACGACCUCCCCGUCAACAGCCAUCCUGGACCAGACUCCUGGGCCCGCCCGGGGCAUCCUGAGGACGUUUUCAAUAAUUUCCUUUAUUGGCGAACUCCUCUCCCUGACAUAAGCAAGGACUUAGAGCUGCUCCUGAGCGAGGCUGGCCCGCAGGAGGAAGGUGGCGGCACACCCGAGGCCGUGCAUAGGAGCUGUGUGGCUAGGAGCGAGAUUCAGAGAGUCCUGGAUGGUUUGCAGGAGCAUGUGAUGAACGAUCCAGGUGUGCAAGGUCUCUGCGAGGGUUUUGCCUCCUUGCUUUUCAGCCGUGUGACCCGGUUCUCAGAUAGAAGCGGCUAG